AUGUCGGAGCAAGAGGCCGCCAAAGAAGUGGAGAAGCCAAAAGAGGAAGUAGAGGAGAAGGCGAAAGAAGUGAAAGAGAAGAAGGCAGAAGAGGCGAAGGAGGAGCCGACGCAGGAGAAGGAGGAGGCCGGGCGCAGUACCCCAGCCAGCUCGGGCACGGCGACCCCCGAGCCCCCCCGGUCGCAGGAGAAUGGAGACGACGCUCAGGCCUCACCGAAACCAGCGACCUUGAGAGAGCAGUUCCGAAACUUCAGCAAGUUCGGAGACACGAAGAGCGACGGCAAGAUGCUGACGCUCUCCCAGUCCGACAAGUGGUUCAAGCAAGCCAAGGUCAUCGACGGCAAGAAACUCACCACGACGGACACCGCCAUCACCUUCAACAAAUUCAAGGCAAAGAAAAUCUCAUUCCAGGACUUUGAGAAAUACUUGGACGAGAUCGCAAAAUCAAAGAAACUCGAUGCGACAGAAAUCAGGACGAAGUUGAAGGACUGCGGCUCACCGGCAAUCACAGGCACAACCAACGUGGUGAAGAGCAGCGCCGUCGACCGCCUCACAGACACGAAGAAAUUCACGGGUUCGCACAAGUUGCGCUUCGACUCGACCGGACGCGGGAAGGGAAUGGCGGGAAGAAAAGACUUGCCCGAUAACUCCGGCUACGUGUCGGGUUAUAGGAACAAAAACACUUACGACAAAACCCACUAAAGCCUAAAUGAAUUCCAUCAUUACAGGAUUUGAUAUUCUGCCUUCGACAGCCUUUUAUUCUUUCUUUUUCUUUCUUUCUUUUUUUUUUUUUUUUUUUUUUUGAAAGGCUGGGUAUUUGUAAUUUCUUCAUAAAGCAGCUGCAUUAUGGUCAGUCUAGAUCUGACGGAUUUUAGAAUAGGGAUAUAUUUCCAUUAUUCUUGGUAAGAAAUGAGAUGCUGGAUGUUUAAAAUGAUUAAUGACCAAUGUAAAAGAUAUUUAUCCUCGAGUAGAUAUGGUGUUGCCCACGCUGAGUAAAUAAAUAAGUGACAGUAGUAAGCGAAAGAUAAAUCAUUCUGCAUUUUCAUUAUAACUGGCGUACAAUAUAUAAUCAAAGCUGUAUUAAGAAAGUCUGCAUUUGAUAAGACUUACAAAUCAGACAUAGACUUGCUUGCGUGUGUCAGCUAAGCCUAAAUUCUAGCAUAAACAUUUUCUUGGUAAACGACUCAAUGAUUAAUGAAGAGGCAUCGUAGAAAACUAUAAAUUUACCAGCUGAAUAUCAAAAUACUUAGGAUGCUUAAUAUCAUUGCCAAUCAUAAUGAUAAGGUUUGUUUGCUUGUAAUACUGCAAUACUAAGAAAAUAACCCAGUACAAAAAUAACCUGCUUUGGAUCUAAAAAGAACGUAUGAUUUACAUUACUUUUUAAAUACUCAGUUGAAACGAUUGUUGUUCUCUUGAAUUAUUAAUACUAUUUCACAGAAAGAUGACAGAAUUGAGUAAAUAGCGAGUUUUGUAUAAAAAAAUCAAUGAUCUUUAUAUACAAGUAGAUCAUAAUAAUGUUGUUUUUUCAAGUAGCAAAAUAUGAUAAGUAAUAAACGAAUAGAAAUAUAUAUAAUUCCUGUGCCAUGUAUCUGAAAUAUUAUGGUUACAGUCACUAUUUACUUUUGCAACGCAUCUGAUUAAGAACUGUUCUAUUGAGUGUUGUGUACAUGAAUGGAGGCUACAAUUGCAGGCCAAUAUACAUGUGAAAUUUAUAAUGGGCAGCAAAUUUUUGCAUUUCGGUUUUAACAGGAUCUUAGAAAUACCUUCACUGCACUCUUACCUGAAUAUUCUGAAUAUUAAUGGCUGAUUCUCUAUCAUGAAAAAAUAUCUAUAUGCAGGUACCUGAUAGUCGUCCACCACCACAGAAUGGGACAACUUUGAGAACGAGGAUAUCAUUUCAACACACACACACACACACACACACACACACACACGCACACAUACACACACACACACACACACACACACACACACACACACACACACACACACACACACACACACACACACACACACGCACGCACGCACGCACACACAAAGUCAUGAGGUUUGGUUGCCUUCUGUGGUGGUGAAUAGUGCUAUCAGCAUUCUCAUGGUAUAUACGGAUAAUUUACAUUCUUUAGACAAAGAGACUAUUAACACACGUGAAGUACAAUAACAGAAGGUAGACAUCAUUCUGUCAUUGUGUAAUAAAGAUUUCAUAUAUAAAAUAGUUACGAUAAUAAUGUUUCGUUUUCUGUUGUGUAAACUUUGUUCGUUAAGUUUUAAAGACUGCACAUUUUGAUCAUGAAAUAUUCUAAUUAUAUUAGGUGUAUAUGCUUUCGCUCUGGUGCUGAGGUCGCCCGCUGGCACAACUCUUUUACAGCCUUUGAAGGGUUGCUGGGCUAAGGCUAAGUUUUAACCCGAAAAGAAAAGCAAAAUAAGCUUAUUCUAACACUGUAGAUAUUUUUCAAAGUUGUUGGAUGCUAUAGAAUAAUAAAGGUUUUGAAAAUACUACAAAAGACAGUGGUAACCAUUGCCAAUUAGAUGGACAGAAUGCUAAUCCAGCGUUUAAUCAGUAUCAUGAUAUUCACAAAGUUAAUUAGCAUGAACUAGAAAUAGUUAAGUCCCAUCAUGAUAGCAAAGCUCUUGCACUCAGCCCGAAAGGCGUUUCCCUUUGUUCCCUUCUAUUAAUUUCAUCUGAUUUAUAAUCGUCGUUUCUUAUAAAUAUAUAGAUGUGAUACUUAAUUGAUCUCACGCCUUCUAUCCCGUUUCGUUCUGUUUAGAUGUUUUCUAGUUUUAUACAAGAAAGUAAUAAUAUAUAACACAUAUACAUCUAUAUCACAAAAUGACUUUACAUGUAUUGGGUAGACAUAGCUUCUGGCAGAUUAUAUGCGUUAUUAUCAGAUUUAUUUGUAUUUUCUUGCUCUUGCUAGAGUUAGUAGAAUCUUCAAUGUCGCAUGGUGUUUAUGCAUAUAUUUUGCUCUUGGUUAACACUGCCAGUUGUUGUCAGCAAGUUUGUCAUUGAUUUUUUUUUUAUAUCUAUAUAUUUGACAAAAUAUGAUUAUUAUAUGAAUAUGUAAAUGUAGCUGUCUGAAAUGAUUUGAUGUAAUAAGAUAUUUCAUCUAACAACUAACAA